GGCGAGCAGUACGGAGUUAGCGCGCACGACCGGAAGUGACCGUGGAAGCUGGUUAUAGAUGUGGGAAGAGAUUGCCCCUGGGGAAGUACCGCCGCUUUAUCCUUACUUGAUUAGGUUUGAUAAUUGUUCUAGCGCUGCUGGAGCUGGAAGCCUAGGUUGUAGAUCCCUGUAGAGACAGGAAAGCCCAGGUAUCGCCAUGGUAACCACCAGUCCACGAACCGUAUGACGUCACCCUUCUUGCUUCUAGCUUGUCCUCGGCCGUAGAAAGCUGGGGAGUCUUCAACGGGUCACAGCUAGCCUCCUCUGAACCUAACGUUUCCGCUCUGAUUCCUUGAAGUGUAUUGUUCUUUUGUUCCGGUCUAGGAGGAAGAGCCAGAGUCGGGCCCCGCCCCGCUUGCCCGCUUUCCAGCUUUUCUGUUCAGCAACAGGGCGGCCAACCUCAGCGUGUGUAAUAAGAAGUAAGAUUCUUUCCUAGACACCUGAACACCCAUCUGGAAGAAGGCCGCUUGGGAAUCCCUGGUGUUCAGGUUCCAGGGGAACGGGAUGAGCUCCUGAGAUGGAAGGAAUCAGUGACCUUCAAGGAUGUGGUAGUGGACUUUACUCAGGAAGAAUGGAGACAAUUGGAUCCUAUGCAGAGAGAUUUGUUCAGGGAUGUAACACUGGAAAAUUAUACUCACUUGGUCUCUAUAGGACUCCAAGUUUCCAAACCUGAUGUGAUUUCUCAGUUAGAGCAAGGAACUGAACCAUGGACUGCAGAGUCAGAAAUUCCAGUACUAACUGUUGGGGAUUGGGAGACAAGACCAGAAAAUAGCAUUCCAGACUCAGAACUAGAAAUUCCUGGAAAGGAGCCAUCUCAAGAGGCAGUUAUAGAAAAACACAAAUGGGAUGAUCUUUGGAGUUCUAACUUCAUAGAAACGUGGGCAUCUGAAGGCAUAGAAAGGCAUCACACAAAGCAACAGGCACAACCAAGGGAAAUAAAAAUAACUGAAAAGACAAUACUGACUUGUGAGAAAGGCCCUAUAAAUGAUGAUUUUGAAAAAAGCAUUAGUGUGAGUCCAAACCUUGUAGCACAAGAAGAGAUAUCUCCAGAAAAAAUCUCUAAUAAAAUAACUGUCAAAAAGAGUUUAAAUCCACCUAAAAAAGAGAAAUCUUGUAAGUGCAAUGAAUGUGGGAAAGCUUUUAGUUACUGUUCAGCUCUUAUUCGUCAUCAGAGAACACACACUGGAGAAAAGCCCUAUAAAUGUAAUGAAUGUGAAAAAGCCUUCAGCCGGAGUGAAAACCUUAUAAACCAUCAAAGAAUUCAUACUGGAGAUAAACCAUAUAAAUGUGAUCAGUGUGGAAAAGGCUUCAUUGAAAGUCCAUCUCUUAUUCAGCAUCAAAGAAUUCACACUGGAGAAAAACCCUAUAAGUGUGAUGAGUGUGGAAAAGCCUUUAGUCAAAGAACCCAUCUUGUUCAGCAUCACAGAAUUCAUACUGGUGAGAAACCAUAUGCUUGUAAUGUGUGUGGAAAAGCCUUUAGCCAGAGAGGACACUUUAUGGAACAUCAGAAAAUACAUACAGGAGAAAAACCGUUUAAAUGUGAUGAAUGUGAUAAAACCUUCACCAGGAGCACACAUCUUACUCAACAUCAAAAAAUUCAUACUGGAGAGAAAACCUAUAAGUGUAAUGAAUGUGGGAAGGCCUUCAAUGGGCCCUCAACAUUUAUUCGUCAUCAUAUGAUUCAUACUGGUGAAAAACCAUAUGAGUGUAACGAAUGUGGUAAAGCCUUCAGUCAACACUCAAACCUCACUCAACAUCAGAAAACACAUAGUGGGGAAAAACCAUAUGAUUGUGCUGAAUGUGGAAAAUGCUUUAGUUACUGGUCAUCCCUUGCUCAACAUCUGAAAAUUCAUACUGGCGAAAAACCUUACAAAUGCAAUGAAUGUGGAAAGGCUUUCAGUUACUGCUCAUCCCUUACCCAGCAUCGUAGAAUUCAUACCAGAGAAAAACCCUUUCAAUGCAAUGAAUGUGGAAAGGCUUUCAGUUAUCUUUCAAACCUAAAUCAACAUCAGAAAACUCAUACCCAAGAGAAAGCCUAUGAAUGUAAGGAAUGUGGAAAAGCUUUUAUCAGGAGUUCAUCUCUUGCUAAGCAUGAAAGAAUCCAUACUGGUGAGAAACCCUAUCAGUGUCAUGAGUGUGGGAAAGCCUUCAGUUAUGGCUCAUCACUUAUUCAGCACAGAAAAAUACACACUGGAGAAAGACCUUACAAGUGUAAUGAAUGUGGGAGAGCCUUCAACCAGAACAUACACCUUACCCAACACAAGAGAAUUCACACAGGAGCAAAGCCUUAUGAGUGUACUGAAUGUGGGAAGGCCUUUAGGCACUGCUCAUCUCUCACACAACAUCAAAAAACUCAUACAGAGGAAAAACCCUUCCAGUGUAAUAAAUGUGAAAAGACUUUUAGUCAGAGCUCCCAUCUGACUCAGCACCAACGGAUUCACACUGGAGAGAAGCCUUAUAAGUGUGAUGAAUGUGACAAAGCCUUUAGCCGAAGCACUCAUCUAACUGAACAUCAGAACACUCAUACUGGAGAGAAGCCUUUUAAUUGUAGUGAAUGUAGGAAGACAUUCAGCCAGAGCAAUUACCUUAUUCAGCAUCAAAGAAUUCAUUCGGGAGAAAAGCCUUUUGGAUGUAAUAACUGUGGGAAAUCCUUCAGAUACCGUUCUGCUCUUAGUAAACAUCAGAGACUGCAUACUGGCAUUUAACUAUUCUAAGAACAUUAUAAGGAUGAGAGAUGUAGUUACUCCAGCUUGCCCUUUUGUUAAGUGCUGAUGAAUCAUGUAGGAUUGUGAAACCGCUUAAAAUAUUUUACUUUCCACUUUCAUACUAUGGAAUGAAAAAUAGAUCUGUUGAAAUAAUCCAAUGAUAUCAUUAAGCAGUUUUGUGGGAUUGAAAAAAUUCAACACUAACACUUCAGUUUCUUCUGUGAAAUGACAGAUUUAGUGUUAUUUAAAGGUUACUUGGAGUUUUAUAUAAUCACAAUAUAUUCUUGAGUUAGGAUUGCUAUACAGUGGCAUUUUUCUGUGUUACAUUUAGAGUGUAUAUAUUUAUGCAUGCUUCACCAAUAGAAAACAUUUUGAGCUUCAUUAUAUUGGGGGAUUUAUUAUUCUCUUGCUUUAAAUGCAUUGUAAUUAACUGGUGCCUAAUAAAAAGAGUAAACCCUCAAAUUA